GACGACUUAUUUUUAAACAUUCUACGCAUGUAAUUAUCAAUUCUCUCCGUGUUACCCCUGAUUAUCCAACCCCCUCCCCCCCCCAAUCACGAAGACAAUAUGAUUCCAGGGGAAUUCCUGAGUUUUCUAGAGGCAACACUGGUUCCAAUCAUAGCGAGCGAUCAAUCCGUCAUCUCGCCCCCCCUGAACCGGUCAUCCUCCACUGCCGAUCGGGGCUCAGGGGUUAUGCACACCCCAUGGUCUGAUGCAAAGGGUCCAUUACACGGUUACUUACUCAUAACUUUCUCUCCUGCUUCCUUGUCUUCAUGUUUUGCAACAACUAGCCCCAUUCCUUCCACCCACCCACCUGCUUCACUACAUAAACAGCCUUGUGGUUUCAUGAUCACGGGGGAUGCUGCCGCUUUAAUCCUGACCUGCAGCUUGUUCGUUUCGAUGUGCACGAGCCUCCCUCCUGGGACGCUGGGUCAGGUCUCCGAGUGAUCUCAUUGGGGUCUAUGCUAAUCAUUAAAGUUUGUGCGAUUGUCCAUUUUCGAUCCUAAUGGGGGGGGGUCUACUCUCAGGACCGCAUCCUUGCUUUGGAGUGUCUGGCUCGUUCGCGACCAAACAACUACCCCCAGAUGGAUAAGAUGAAUGAACCCCGCAAGGAUAGGCAGAUCCCAUGCGCAAACCAUAAA